AUGGCUCAACAACCAAAACAUGCACGUCAAUCAACAAUACAUGACACUAUCUCACAAAAAACAACAGAUUACACUUCCGAGAAUUGGAUUGACAACACGGAUACUAAUAAUUAUUUAAAAAGAAAGAAAUUAAUUUGGUUAACUUUAGGGUUGGGUUGGAUACCGACACUGAUCUAUGGUUUUGUGAGUUUAUUUUGGUUUCUAUUUCUAUCCAUUCCAUUUCUUCCAUUCGGGUUGCAAAUUUAUCGAAUUUUCAAAUUCAUGCAAUUUCCCUUCUCUCUUUCCGAAUUUUCUUCCUCAUCCACAGACACUCAUAUUCCACGAUUUUUCUUUCAAAGAUAUUACGAUCCAAAAUUAAUUCAAUUAUUAUUUUCACGAGACAAGACAAGUACAUUAAUCAAGUGUGCCAAUAGAAUAUUUGGAGGGCUCUCUUCCAAAUCGGAACGAGAGGAAAACAAUAAUAACAAUUUGAUAGAAGGAAUUGUAGCAACGUCCCCUUCUUCUGAAAAUCAACAUCAUCACGAGUCUAAACAUGAUGCUCAUCAACAACCACAUGAGGAUCAGAUCCACCCAACAAGUACUCCAAACCAUAACAUGUUAACUGAGUUUUUUCAAUAUAUACGAAAUGGAAAUAAUGAAAUGGUCGAGAGUAUGAUCAUGAGUGGAAGAGUUGAUGCCAAUAGCCAUGAUUUGAGUGGAACGGCUCUUGGGAUUUGUAUUGAGCUUGCAAAUAUGAAAAUGAUGAAAUUUCUUGUGAGAAGAGGUGCCAAUGUGAAUGGCCAAGUUUAUGGUAGAAGUUUAUUGAAUUAUGCAUUGGAACGAAACCAUGUCGAUUUUGCCCGAUAUCUUAUCAGAAAGGGUGCAAAUCCAAAAACAGUGACACUUCAGAAUUCUAACAUUGCAACCAUUGUGAAUGAUGUCAUUGUUGCUCAAGUAGAAAAAUUUAAUAGAGCUCUAAAGAAUCAUGAUUUUAAAAGAGCUGAAUAUCUAUUGAAGAAGAAUUACAAGAGUAAUAUUCUCAUCAUUGAUUGUUUAAAUUUUAUAAGAGAGACUCCACUUUAUGAUGCUGCCAAAUAUAAUAACACAGCAGCCAUUGAAUGGCUCAUUCAACAUGGAGCAACCAUUGAUUUAAUGGUAUUGGAGACAAAAUUAACUCCGCUUCAAGUAGCAAUUCAGCUGAAAUGUUUUGAUGCUAUUCGUACUCUUGUACAAUAUGGAGCUAAUAUUUAUUCAAAAGAUGGUUUUGGUAUGACGUGUGAAGAAAAAGCUAGAAAUGCUGGGUUUGACCUGUCACAAGUGGUUCCUACUCUUAAAAAAGACUCUCCUCCAUCGUAUUCUGAAGUCAUGAAUAGCAUCCCUUACAACUCUCCAAAUAUGAUUGGUUCACCAGUAUCAACUCAGGUGGCCUCACCAAACACUUCCAACCUGAGCCCAUCAUCACAUCAACAGCAUGGCAUGGCUUUACCACCUUAUAGCACCAAUGUUACAGGAGUAGUUAACAACAAGGUGAAUUUUCAACCAGUGAUGACAGACACUUCUACAGCUCCACCUCCAUAUUCCAUUCAACAACAGCAGCCUCCUCCGCCAUAUCAAUCACACGUUCCAAGCUAUGGAGGGCCUAAUAUUUCACCUCCUUCUUAUGUUCAACAGCAGCAACAACCAAAUUCGAAUGUGAUUCCGAAUUUUGCAAUGAAUUCUACGUACAACCCAAAUAUUUCAUUCAAUUCUUCCUAUAAUCCAAAUUAUAUUCCUCCAACUUCUCCUCCAAAUCAUGAACAAGUUGUACAAACAUUUACUUACGUUCCAAUUUAUCCAGAAGCUCAUUCAACAAACAAUGCAAUGGUUAAUACAGUGCCACCCAUUUUGAAAUACAGUAGUCCAACACCUCCAGCAGUAGAAAUGGAACAAAGCAACAACGAUACUACUGAAGCAAUUGAUUCUGUUGAGGUUAAUUAUGCAGGAGAUGAAGAUAGAUCAAAAGACUUUGAUAAGGAAGAACCCAAGUCAUUAGAAAUGGUUCUUAAAGAAAGAUAUUCUAAAAUGACACUCAUUGGAAGAGGAAGUAAUGGUUAUGUCUACAAGGCCAAGAAAAGAAUUAAGCCUAAAGAAACCUCCCCAGUAUAUAUUGCUGUUAAAUUAAUUGAUUUUUUCAGUACCAAAGAACUGAAUAGAUCCAUCAAAACUGCAAUGAAUCUCAUGAAAUUGAGGAAUGAAAAUAUCAUCCGAGUGACCGAAGUUUGCAUUCUCAAAUGUAAAUCUGACCCAACACAUAAUAACGCCUUAACCGAUAAGAGCACACUGUGCAUUGAAAUGGACUAUUACGAAAAAGGAACCAUGGAUAUAUUGAUCAAACAGAGGUGUACCAUAUCUGAGACAGUACUGAAAAAGUUUAUCUUUCAAAUUGCUUCAGCUCUUUGUUAUCUUUCUGAUAACAAGCUUGUUCACCGCAAUAUCAAACCACAUAAUAUUCUCCUUAAAGAAUGGGACCCAGAAAGUGACAUUAUUGUUCCAUGUCUCAUUGGUUUUCGUUUGUCGAAAUCGACAGACUCUGAUAAUGACCUUCAACAAGCUGGUUCCUUGCAAUAUUUGCCUCCUGAAUUAUUGGACAUUUCAGAAGAGCUUGAAGACACGGCACUAUUUACUGCAGCAGAUAUUUACGCAUUUGGUAUCACAUGUUAUCAAAUGAUGACUCACGACAAUGUCACAAUGAUCAAUGGAUUACUCAUCAAGUAUGGGUCAGAAGAAAAAGUCAUGCAACAAAUUAGAAGUCAAAUCAAAAAACAUCAACCUGUCGAAUACAGCGAUCAGCUCAUUGAUUUAGUUUUGAGAAUGUUGCAAUUCAAUGGCCACGAACGAAUAACCUCCUAUGAAAUUGUAGAAUUGAUCCAACAUAUUUAA